GCCCCUCCCGUCCGCACCCUGAGCUCCCAGGGCCAGCGGGAUGCCCCUCAGGGCAGUGCCCCGGGAUCCUGGGUCCCGGGUCGGGGUGCUCGCGGGAACAGGAGAACGGCCGUCGGCGGCUGCAGGGGAAGCUGCUGGGCAGAUGAUGGACGAGGCCGUUCGGGGUCCGGGCGCUGUGGGACGUCAGCCCACAGCCCUGCAGCCUCGGCCCUUCCCUUCCACACCCUGCAGGCAUCUGGGCGGGGGGCUCACGGUGUUUCAGUGCAACCUUCCCUUCCUUCCUAGCCCCACUGGGCCUGGCCGUGUGCCCUCGGACCAGUCCCCAGUCCGUGAAGUGGGGCAUCCGUUGCCAUUCACUGUGAAAGAGACGCACGACUCUGUCCCUCGCUGGGGGACUCGGGGCUUAGCACGGAGUCAGCGACCGGGCACUGCUGGCCACGGCAGGCACUUCCCUUCACUCAGUCACUUGGCCGUCCGUCCAGCACCUGCUCGUCCAUUCGUGUAUCACCGGACAGAUGCUUACAGAGCAGAGGGCCUAGAAGUCUCGCAGACGCUGGCAGGAAAGGCUGUGACCAAGCCACCUAGGGCCGGAUCCAGACAGACAGAAGCAGACAAUAUCGAGGGUUCUGAAGGGAACCGAAGUGACUGUCCCCAAGAAUGCCAGAGCGCGUGUUUGGCCAGGAUGAGCCCCUCAGGCCGAGCUCCGAAGGAGGAAGUGAUGGUGGUUGGGUGCAGGCAGGGGAGGACAGGCGCUGUGCUGGAAAGGGGACCUUUCAACGUAAUCCUGCAUUUUGACGUGUUACCAGAAUUUCGAGCUUCAUUGGGCAUUCUGGAAGUCCCAGAGUUAUCACCUCGAGAGCACAAAGUAGAGGCCCGGCCAGGUGGGAACUUGGCUUUAUGCCGCUGGGAGUCCUGGGGCCCCUCACACCCUGUGCCCUUGGGGCUGACCUGUGCCCCACCUCCCCCCAUCAUUCAGCAGGUGGACCGGUGCAGGUGCAGAGUUGACCCCCAAGGGCUUUCUGCCCCCAUACGGGCGAUGCGUAAUUUCCCCAGCUGGCAGCAGUGGGCUGUCGGAAGGACAGGCUGGGAUUUGCAGGGAGAAGAAGGUGGCACAUGGGGGGCCCUGGGGCUGUGGGCCUGACCCCAUCUCCCAGCCUGUGGGGACAGGUGGCGGGGCUCAGAGUCUGGGCCUGAGCCGGGACCUCAGCAGGCUCGGGCGUCUCUGCCUGCAGCAGGCUGCGGCUGUGGUGCAUCAGGCCCGGAGCUUCUGCUUGUCCCCCUCUCCCCGAUGGGGACAUGGAGGGCACUUGGUGCCGCUUCUCUGAAGGAAUCUGUCACUCCCAAGGCCAGGGCUCACCUGUGUUUGUUGGCAGUGGCUGUUGCCCGAGUGACGGCACCACCUGCUGUUCCCGCACGCACCCGGGGCCUCCCGGCUCCCAGCAGCCCGGAAACCCCACCCUGUGGCGGGGAGACCGGGGCCCAGACAGGUGGGCGCGUCUGCCCGAAGCCCGGCAGCUUGUGAGCAGCAGUGUGCACAGCCUGGGCCGCUCCGUUCUGCCUCAGAUGCUAGCG